CUUCCACCUUAAACCCUAAUCUCUCCCCUCCCCAAACCUCUAAAUGACCACCACCGCCGCCGCACCCUCCUCCGACCAACUCCUCCCACCUCCACAAACCUCACGAGUAAGCCCCAAGACAGUCCACGAAGCCGUAACCUCCCUCCUCAAAUGGAAAACCGAAAAAUCAAAGACACAAAAGCCUCAGCUUCUCGAGCAAGACGAGUUCAUUUACCUAAUCGUCACUUUAAAAAAAAUCCCCCAAACCAACCGCACGAAGCCUCACCGUAUCCUCCUCCCUAACCCACUCAUCAACACCCAAGAAGACUCCCCGGAGCUUUGCCUCAUCAUCGACGACAGACCUAAAUCCGGAUUAACCAAAAAAGACGCGAGGGAAAAGAUCGAAUCCGAUAACAUUCCGAUCACGAAGAUUCUCAAGCUCUCGAAGCUCAAGAGCGAUUACAAGGCCUUCGAGGCGAAGAGGAAGCUUUGUGAUUCGUACGAGAUGUUUUUCGCGGAUAGGAGAGUGAUUCCUCUGCUUCCGAGGUUGAUCGGGAAGAAGUUUUUCGCGAGUAAGAAGAUACCCGCGGCGGUUGAUUUGAAGCAUAGGAACUGGAAGGAGCAGGUGGAGAAGGCGUGUGGCUCGGCGAUGUUUUUUGUGAGGACGGGGACGUGUAGUGUUGUGAAAGUUGGGAAGUUGGGGAUGGAGAGGGAUGAGGUUGUUGAGAAUGUGAUGGUUACGUUGAAUGGUGUUGUUGAGGUGUUGCCUGGUAAGUGGAAGUAUGUUAGGUCUUUGCAUUUGAAGUUGUCUGAGAGCUUGGCGUUGCCUGUUUAUCAGAGUGUUCCUGAUUUGAAGCUGAAGAUUGAUGGGUUUGGAAGUGAGAAGAGUGUUGUUGUUAAGGAGGAGAGUGAGAGUGGUGAGAAGAGUGAUGUGGUGAAGGGGAAGAAGAAGAAGGGUAGGAUUCAUGAGGUUAGGUAUAUGGAUAGUAAUGUAUCUGAGGUGCUUGAUGAUGAUGAGAUUGGUGAUGUUGAGUUUAGUAUUGAGUCUGGUGGUGAUAAGGAUAAGAAGAUGAAGAAGAGGAAGGAGAUAAGUGAGAUUGUAGAGGCUGAGAAACCAAAGAAGAAAGUGGCCAAGGGGAAGAGUAAGGAUGAGUUAAAGCCGAAGAAGAAGACAAAGAUUACUAAAGAAGAGUCUGGUGGUGGUUUGAAACCGAAGAGGAAGAAGAGUGUGCUUAGAAAGUAAGGCAAUGGAAGAUCAGAGGGUUAAAGCUUCAAAGUUUUUGCUUCUUUUUCAGUUGAGUAAUUUUAUGUUUUAUGGUAGCGCUGAUUACAUUUUUGGAUGUUUCAUAUCUUGUACUGCUCACGUCGAGCCAACUGGGAAACAAACUACUGUUUUACGUUUUAAGC